CCCCGCGGUGUAGUGGCCGUUGCCGCUGGCCGGCGGUGCAGAGCGGAGCAGAGCCCGCUCGGGACGCGCUCCCGCACCGGCGGCCGGGACGGGGCAGCCCGGCCCGGUGCUCCCACAGCGGCGGCCCCAUGUUUUCCGCCAGCCAGGAGGAGCUGUGCGCGCUGAACAAGGAGCCCGUCAAGUAUGGGGAGCUGGUGGUGCUGGGGUACAAUGGAUCCCUCCCUAAUGGUGACAGGGGGCGCAGGAAAAGCAGAUUUGCCCUUUAUAAACGAUCUAGAGCAAGUGGAGUUAAACCCAGCUCUGUCCAUGUCAUCUCUACCCCCUCUCAAACUUCAAAGGUGAAUUAUGAGAGGCAUGACUCCAACCCUCUGCAGGUGGAAUUUUUGGCUGCGUUUGAAGACAAGGAAAAGUACCGAGGUGAACAGCCUGGGGCAAUCAGCUCAAAAGGCCACCACAGCAUCUCUUACACAUUAUCCAGAACCCAGACAGUUAUAGUGGAAUAUAUUCAUGACAGAGAUACUGACAUGUUUCAGGUUGGGAGGUCGACAGAAAGCCCCAUAGACUUUGUAGUAACAGACACUAUUUCAGGAAAUCAAAAUAGUGAUGAAACCCAGAUUACCCAGAGCACCAUCUCCCGAUUUGCCUGCAGGAUUGUUUGUGACAGGAACCCACCCUACACAGCAAGGAUCUUUGCAGCUGGCUUUGACUCAUCCAAAAAUAUAUUUCUUGGUGAGAAAGCAGCCAAGUGGAAGAACCCUGAUGGCCACAUGGACGGACUGACAACCAACGGGGUGCUGGUGAUGCACCCCAAGGGAGGCUUCACGGAGGAGUCCAAGCCCGGGGUGUGGAGGGAGAUCUCUGUCUGUGGGGACGUCUACACGCUCCGGGAGACCAGGUCUGCUCAGCACAGGGGCAAACUGGUAGAAAACGAGACCAACGUGCUGCAGGACGGCUCCCUGAUCGACCUGUGCGGGGCCACGCUGCUGUGGCGGACGGCGGACGGGCUCCUGCACUCGCCGACGCAGAAACACAUCGAGGCUCUGCGGCAGGAGAUCAACGCCGCCCGGCCCCAGUGCCCCGUGGGCUUCAACACGUUGGCCUUCCCCAGCAUGACCCGCAAGGACGUGGUGAAGAAGAAGGACGUGGAGGAGAAGCAGCCUUGGGCCUACCUCAGCUGCGGCCACGUGCACGGCUACCACAACUGGGGCCACCGCAGCGACGCGGAGGUGAACGAGCGCGAGUGCCCCAUGUGCAGAACCGUGGGCCGCUACGUGCCCCUGUGGCUGGGCUGCGAGGCCGGCUUCUACGUGGACGCCGGGCCCCCCACGCACGCCUUCACCCCCUGCGGACACGUGUGCUCCGAGAAAACUGCCAAAUACUGGGCCCAGAUCCCGCUGCCUCACGGCACUCACGCCUUCCACGCCGCCUGCCCCUUCUGCGCCACGCAGCUCACCGGAGACAACUGCGUCAAGCUCAUCUUUCAGGGCCCCAUCGACUGAGGAACCGCACGGAAAUGACCACAAUAAAAAGUGUUUUUGAACGGUU